AUUUUAGAUGUGAUGUGUUUUAAUAGAAAAGGAAAUGGCAGAUUUGUUCGUUUUUUUCUGUAACGUGUACAACGCAGAUGAUCCCUUGCGCGAAAACAGUGUGACAAGUAGCGACAUAGCCCAACAUUAAAAUGAAAAUAAUCACGUUGUAUAUGUAUCGCUUAAUGCUAAAGUCAGUGUGAAAUAACAAAGAAAAAUAUACAUGGCCAACUCAGAGAGGGCAGAAAAAGAAGGGUACGAGACAGAUAAAACGAAUGGCGGCUUCAGUCCGGGCCGCAGCCUAAUAGAUGCUUACAGAUUUAACAAGCGAACAAAAUGCUGUGAAUAUCUCUCCGUUCAAGAAUAACAGGCGACCGAAACAAAUAUGACAUCCAGUUAUAAGUGGGAGAAGGAGCAGAAGAGGAGACUCCAGAAUUUUCUUUCUGACCUGGCUAUGCUGGGCUCCUUACAGGGUUUUCGCUAUUUUCAGCCUUGGCUGAGAGGGAGAGAGGAGCUGUUGCUCACCAUAGUAAAUGAGGAUCUGGGAUGGCACUCCCCAGGGUUCCCAGUUUCCAUGGCAUCGUCCUUCAGCAGUACCACUGCAGGCAGCAGCAGCAGCAGUGAUGUCAGCUCUCCACUCUCUGGAGUCCAGCCCACACAGGGACCACCACAGCAGGCUAGCAGUAGCAAUGAAGCCCAUCUACUUCCAGCUUCUCCCAGUGAGAGGGAGAUAGCUGUGCCUGAAAUAAACUGCACCCUUUUCCUAUUGGCUGGCUAUGCAAAGUAUGGCAGACCCUAUGCCUGGAUUCGGUCUAAUCACGAGCGCCUGGUGAAUAUUGGAGGAACGGACUCCAUGGUUAGAGACACACCCAUGAAACUCAAGUCAAUCACAGACUGGGGCUCACAAGGGACAAGGGUGUGGGAUGUAGUGAGUGAACUAGUGGGUCUGUGUACCAUUCCUCCUCCUGCCAAUCCCUUUUCCCUGGACAUGCGCUACCUUCAAACGCUUCCCCUCUCAGAGCGAUUCCUGGUCUCUGGGGCGCUCAUUAACUUCAUGGAUAUGCUUGUUGUCCAAUGCAGCCAGGAGGAACCAUUCUACAGCAAGGUUGUGGAGGAGGUGGACUCCCUGAGGCGUCUCCAUGUACAGGCCCUCUGGGAGGUGCAGCGCCUACGAAGCCAAGCUCUGACUGUGGAGCAGGGUCCGUCAGAACAACAGUGAUAGAGGCGAGACCACAGACCCUCUGGGAGUUACUGGAAACGCUGGGUGGAUCACAAAUUAGGGCUUUUAGACUCCAGCAGCAGCUCCUUUAACAAUGGUGAUUGAGUUUGUAAGAAUACUAACAUCAUUGCUUCUCUCUCUCUCUCCCCCCCCCCCUCUCUCUUCUCUCUCUCUCCCCCCCCCCUCUC